AUGAAAACCCGUGAGUUUAGCAGGAAAAACAUAUUUUUUUCAUUAAAAAAUGCAAUUUUCCCUUCCUUUCAUUCAUCCUAGCAGGCUUUUACUCGAGGCAAAAAAAAAAACUUUUUCUCCUAUCGCAAAUUUGAUUUGGCACCCCACCCCAUCUCCUUUUCAUCUCCCAUUUCCGCAUUUUUCAUAAGAUUUCGGCUAACUCGCAGAUUUUUCUUAUUUUCCCCAAAAAAAUGAAAAAAAAAAAAAGUUUCGCCCGCACCCGGCAUCGAACCCGCGAGCAAAAUUUCGUGACGCCGCGCGCUAACCACCUGCGCUAUGCAGACCGUUUGGUUUCCUACCCAAAAUUGCAUAUUUAAAUAGCUUGCAAAAAAUAGCGCGAAAUUCCCAGCGGGUCGAUUUGUGGGUGUUGUUUAAGUCGAAAAAAGCGCAUUUCCAUUGUUUUUCACUUUUUUAUUGGCCAAGAAAAAUUUGAAUCCUCUUUUUUUCCCGCAGAUUUUUUUGCGACAAAUGUAGUCGGCGAAGAACCAUUUUUGAUGAUUGAUUUGGCGAAUAUGGUGAGUUUUUUCAAAAAUUUCGAAUUUGCCGCCAAGGGGGUACUGUAGUUGUUUUUUUUUCUAGAAAAAAAUGAAGUUAAUGAAUAAUUUAUGAUUUUUGAAGGAAUAUUUUAGUUUUCCACACCAAAAUUCCGUGUAUUUCUCCCGGACAAGCCUUUUUUACAGCACCAAAUCAAAAUCUCCACACCUCAAUCCACUUAUCCAACAUUUUUGCUAAUCCUAAUUUGCUUUCUGAUAUUUUUGGUGAUUUUUGCCACGUGUGUUAUGGUCGUCAGUUUUUUUCGAAGGAAAAUGGCGAAAAAUCGCGAGUUUUUGGUGAGUUUCAACCAGAAAACCGAAAAAUUCCAAAAAAAAUUUCAGAUUUCUCGAAGCGCCACGUCUGAAACUCUGAUUAUUGAGUCAACGCUAACUAAUUAUAAUUCAAUUGAUGUUUGA